CCCUCGCCCACUGCCAUGAAGGACUACACCGAGAUCAUCCUCUACCCUGAGGCGCAGGAUCAGAGCAAGGAAAAUGCCAGCUCCCCGGGUCCACCUCCUUUGCCACGGUUCUUGCUGACGGAAUUCUCCAACCCCGUAUUCGAGGAGGAUAGCGAGGGAGCAGCCCAGAGUCAACCCGAUGGCGAGAACAGAAGCAGCGUGAAACUCACUGCCAAUGGUUUUGCCCAACAAGUCCGGGACGUGGCAAGCAGGAAGUUCAAGCCGGACUGCAAGUUCUCCUGGCUCUGCGUGGCCAUUCUCAGCACCGUGCUCUUCCUGCUGCUGGCUUUAUUGGUGGGCAUCAUCAUAAUCUCUCAGCUGAAAUCCGCUCACCCAAUCAAACCCUCACCUGGGGCUUCUUAUGCCCACAUCCUAACCAACGCUACUUCAACACCCAUCACCAGGACCAGGCCAAGCCCUAAAUCCACAGCCGCACCAUCCCAGGGAGAACCACGUGCAACCACGACGCCAGCACCUCUGUGUGGGGGGACCCUACAUGGCCCUGAGGGAUCCUUCAGUUCCCCCAGCUACCCUGCCGACUACCCUCCUAACGUCCUGUGCAAAUGGCACAUCCAGGUGAUGGCUGGGAUGGCCAUCCAACUGAAGGUGGAGGUGCUGGAUGUGGAGAAUUCGGCCUCGUGCCUCUACGACCGGCUAGAGAUAUACAAUGAGCAGAAUGCAGACUCACUGUGGGACGGGAGCAUCAAGUUCUGCGGCUCUGUGACGCCUGCGACAAUCAACAGCAACUCCAGCCGGCUGCAAGUCAUCUUUGUGUCGGAUGAUAACACUGCUGCCACCGGCUUCAGGGCCACGUAUCGAGCCAUUCCACCCAGCGAAAAGAACUGUUCCUGGGAUGAAUUUCUCUGUGACCACGGACGGUGCCUCCUCCCAACUGAAGUGUGCGAUGGUUACCAUGAUUGUCAAGACAAGAGAGACGAAGCCAAUUGUAGCACGAAGCACAAAGGUUGUGGGGGGACUCUGACCAGCUUGGAGGGACAAUUCUUCUCCCCAAAUUACCCCCAGCCAUACCCACAUCUGCAGCUGUGCCUCUGGCAUAUCUCAGUGCCCCUGGGCCACGUGAUCGACUUGCGUUUCCUCAACUUCAGCCUGGAGUCGCAGGAAGACUGCAACUACGACUUCGUGGAGGUAUACGACAGUGUGGGAAUGGGGACGACCAGCAUCCUGGGCAGAUUCUGCAGCUCCAACGUGCCGCCUGUUCUAACCUCAUCGCAACACGUCAUGACGGUCCUGUUUGUGGCAGAUGAGGGAAUCGCGGACGAUGGAUUCUUUGCCACCUACCGUGCCCACAGUGCCACAGAAAAAACCUGCAGCUCCUUAGAGUUUGCCUGCAGAAAUGGCGAGUGCCAGGCUCAGGAGCUGGUGUGCGACGGCUGGCGUGACUGCCCAGAUGGAAGCGAUGAAUUCAACUGCACCAGCGUCUCCUACCUGACUUUGGAGCUGUCCUGUGAGCCGGUCACGGUGGAGAUGUGUCUGGGCCUCAGCUACAACACCACCUCCUUCCCCAACAUCUGGCUGACUAUUCCAGAUCAGCAGGGGGCUGAAGAGCUGCUCCAGGACUAUCUGAUGCUGAAGGAGCUCUCUUGCUACCCGUCUCUGCGCUUGCUGAUGUGCAGCCUCUUUGUCCCGAAAUGCACGCCGGACGGGGGCGUCCUGCAGCCAUGCCGUUCCGUCUGCCUGGGGGCCGAACAACGUUGCCAGCAGUCCCUCGCCCUCCAGGGUGUCCCGUGGCCUCUGAACUGCAACGUCCUGCCCGAUUCCAGCAACCCUUUGGAGUGCUUCAUGCCCUGA